UUCACUCAACCGGAACACCGGAGUGGUGACAUUUUGUGCAUGGCUGAGUCUUUAUCAAUAUUGCAAAGUAGUUACAGCAGUUGUUUUAUUGAUGCACACAGUCAUCUAACAGAUGAAGUAUUUGAUAAAGAUAUUGCCGAUGUAAUAGCAGAAGCUCAAAGGAUAGGAGUAAAAGCGGCACUGGUUGUUUCUGAGAAUGAGGCACAGUUCAACAAAGUGAUUAGUUUGGCUGACAGAUUUCCAGAGUUUGUUCUGCCAUGUCUUGGAGUCCACCCUGUUCAGCAAGAUGCUGAUCAGGCAAGAAGUGUUAACCUCAAGGACAUAGAAAAUGUGGCAGCUAUUUUAGAAAGACACCAUGAAAGAUUAGGAGCUGUUGGAGAGAUUGGACUGGACUUCACUCCAAGAUUCUGUAAAGCUGAUGAUGAUAAAACAACACAGAAGUUAGUCUUUACCCAGCAGGUUCAACUAGCCCAAAAAUAUGAUCUUCCCAUAAAUGUUCAUUCGAGAUCAGCGGGAAGACCAACAAUAGCACUGUUAAAAGAAUUAGGGGCUAGCAGGGUCCUGAUGCAUGCAUUUGACGGGAAGCCAUCGGUGGCUCUUGAUGGAGUGCGAGCAGGAUUCUAUUUCUCCAUUCCACCGUCCAUUGUACGGAGCCAACAGAAAGAUAAGCUGGUAUCUCAGUUACCCCUGGAAAACAUUAUUUUGGAAACAGAUUCUCCAGCCUUAGGACCUGUGAAAGAGGAAAGAAAUGUCCCAGCAAAUGUUACCAUUUCCUGUGAUUACAUUGCUACAGUAAAGAAAAUAGAUCCAAAGGAAGUCAGACUUAUUACUACACAGAAUGCUAUAAAGCUUUUUCCAAAACUGGUGAAAUUUUUUGCAAAGUAGUCCUUCCUGUUGCUGCAGUUUUGAAGCUGUUUUACUGUAAAGGGACGUUCUCAAUAUGCGAUUACUCGCACUGACUUGCCAUAUGCGAUAGAAAUGUACCGUGAGAACACCCAAGUGAUGUCGGGAGUCGUAUCAAUUAAAAAAUAUAAAAAAUU